UCAAGCUUUAGUUUGACAUUGACGAAUAACAUCGAAGACGGGAGGAAAAAUUUGUUAGGCUACUGGCCAGAAAAAACCUGCUUUUAGGAAAAUAUACAUAAUUUUCCAUGCAGUAAACAGAUUUUUCACAACAUUAAAAGAUGUGGAGAGCUGCUAGGCUUCCAGUUGCUUGUGGAAAAAGCAGACUAUUUGUUGGACUGCCUUCCAAAGAGCUGCAAAAAGGCCUUUGCAGAGACAAUGUGUCACAUUGGUUGGUGAGCAGUAGUUGUCCACCAUUGUCCAUUGUGAGCUUACAACCUGUCAGGUUUUACAGAACCACAUCCUUGCUGCUGAUAAGGAGAGGGGCAUCUUACAGUGGUUUAUCACCCAGACCACGCUUUUCCAAAAGGACCACAAUUUACGUUCUCACAAUGGGGUUAAUCAUUCUUGGUUCUUUUGUAGGAUUUUAUGGUGACUUUUCCUUUUUUAAAUCAAAAAAUAAAAGUGUGAAUGCAGCAGAACCUGAGGCCGUGGGACACCAGGAAGAUGGGGAGGGGGAAGAAGAGGUCAAGAAAAAGAAGAUUGGCUUCAGGGAGAAGAGAAUUAUAGAAUACGAGAAUAGAAUCCGAGCCUAUUCAACCCCUGAUAAGAUUUUCCGCUAUUUUGCUACUCUGAAAGUACACCAUGGGGAAGACAAAGGCUGGGAAAUAUACAUGACUCCCGAGGACUUUGUUCGCUCCAUUACCCCAGGGAUGAAACAGCCUGAGGGACUGGACUUGGACAGAUUUAUCAAGUUUGAUCCUCAGAAGAAAACAAUCUUAAGUGUGCCGAGGCUGUGUCCGCUUAAAGUGCACAGCAAAGUGGAAUGGAACCUAGGGGAGGACAGCAUUUUCUAUCAGAUGGGAGAGAGUGGUCUCAUUUCCUUCUCUGAUUACAUAUUUCUCCUGACUGUUCUCUCUACACCACCAAGGAAUUUUCAAAUUGCAUUUAAAAUGUUUGACUUCAAUGGAGAUGGUGAAGUGGACAUUGAAGAGUUUGAAAAAGUCAACGAUAUCAUAAGAAACCAAACCAGUAUUGGUAAACGACACAAAGAUCAUGUUGUCACAGGAAGUGUAAAUAAGGGGGUUGGCUCAGCCCUGCUGAACUACUUUUUUGGUCCAGAUGGAAAGAAGAAACUCACUGUCAAAGAAUUUCUCACAUUCCAACAGAGACUUCAAAAUGAAGUCUUACGCAUAGAGUUUGACCGAUAUGAUCCACUCUAUGAGGAGAAGGGGAAGAUCUCAGAGAAAGACUUUGGUCGCAUUCUUCUGACAUACGCAGGAUAUCCAGACCAGAAAAAAUCUCGCAUGUUGAAGAGAGUCAAGAAGAAGUACAAGGAGGACCCUAAGGGCAUUACUUUUGAUGAGUACUUAAACUUCUGGAUGUUCCUAAAAAGCAUUAAUGAUGUUGACACUGCCCUUAGUUUUUAUCACCUAGCUGGUGUGUCAAUUGAUGAAGAGACGUUGAAGCAUGUGGCAGCAACAGUGGCAGGGGUCAAGCUCUCAGAUCAUGUGGUGGAGCUGGUGUUUACGUUGUUUGAUGAAAAUGCUGAUGGGCAAUUAAGCAACAAAGAGUUUGUAUCUGUGAUGAAGCAAAGGGUAAUGAGAGGACUUGAGAAACCCAAAGACACUGGCUUUGUGAAACUCAUCAAUGCGGUGUUUAAAUGUGCAAAGAACACUACAACAGCUUUCCUUGACUGAGGAGCAAUACAAAGGGAGAUAAUCUCAGUGGCAGGUUAUAAUCUAAUUCCUGUUUCAUUUUCAUGGAAUUUUUACCUGUUCUGCCAUUCAAUUUUUUUUUCUUCUAAAAUCUGCUUAGAAGGAGAAGUAGAUUUUUAACCAAAAGCAAUGUGAUGCUUAGUGAACAUGGUGAAGCCAUGGCAGUUGUUCUUUGUGAUAUGUAUGAACAUCUACAGUAUAAUUGUUAUUGUGUAUCCUUUCCUUUGGGUGAAUCACAUGUAUUUAUCGAUUUCUACUUUGUAUUAUCUGUUUCUAGCUAAGGGUUAUAAGAUUAAAUAAAUAGUGAAGUAGUGUUGAGUGACUUGUACAAGUUUACAUGAAUGUUAUAUUUCUGCUCUAUUUAUUUAUUUCGUACGAAUGUAACAAUCACAUACAUGUACAGUACUGUAUAUUGCAGCAGUGAGCAUGUUUUAUUCUCUCUAGAUAGUUUUCAAAGACAUUUUAUUAUUUAAUAUGUACAGUAAAAUUUAUGUCUAGAAGAUUUUAAUAACUGUUACCUUGACAUUGCUAAAGCCAUAUUUAAAGUCUGUGAUUUUUGUAAAAGAAUGUUUUGUGUCCAGAAAUAGAAGCACUAUAGAUAUGUUCAAAGAGGGCAUUGGGUUUUUUUUUUUUUUUUUGUAAGAAAAUGUAAAAUUUCCUUACCCUUGUCAGAUCUCACUUGUGAUAUGAGUCUAUGAAUGUUGCCACCAUUUGAUUUAGAUCAUGUAGCAAUUAUUUAUCUAUAUUACAUCUAUCUUUUCAAUAGAAGUAGUGCUGAAUGUAUUUAUCUCUUCAUUUUUCGAUUGGGAUAUGUUAAUAUGAGGAAUGAAUAAACCUUUUUAAUCUAA